UUUGCUAAUAAUAGAACAGUAGUAAACACACUAUAUCUCAAAAAAAUAUCUGGUAUUACUAACGAGAAAAAUGAAGAAGAGGAUAGACCCAUUCAUCAAGUCUCGGAACCUGGAAUGGGAAAAUUUCAGGAGAUCGAUGAACAAAGGGAUUAUGUUUAUUCUUCGUUUUAUGAUGAUAUUGGAGAUCCGAUUAUACGAGUUAUUGCUUUAAUGCAACGUAAGCAUUUAAAACAGCAUCUCCUAUGUCUUCUGUGGUACAAUAAUACAAUUUCUGAAAAGGUGGUCUCCAGGGUAUACGUUAUUCCUGAAAGUCAUUAUGGAUAUAGGUAUAGAUCGGCUUUAAUUCUCUGUCCGCUCAAGGCUGAACAGAAACCAGAAUACAUUACAAUAACACGUGAUGUCACGUUCACGCUAACUAAUAAAUUGAAAGUGGUAUAUCCGGGCGUAAGGAUUUAUAAUAUAACAAAAUGUUACCCAGCAUUACACCCCAACUUUGGCGACAAGCAGCAAAUACUGGAGAACAUAGAAACAUCAUCAGCCAUUGAAGAUAAACAUUUUGUCUUCUAUAUACAGACAGUCAACAUUGAUGUAGAAACACUGCUUGGUAAAUAUGAAGAAAUUGGAGUAGUCAAUGUGUAUAAAUGGCAACUUCCGGUGGAUUCGCACGACAUACAUUACUAUGGACAGUUAGCCUGUAUUCAUGAUUGUUUAUAUAGGUAUCUGAAUUCAUCAAGGUGGAUUUUAUUUGCGGAUUUGGAUGAAAUUGUUGUUCCUAUUUUGACGAAAAUCUUUCCAAACCCAGUAUCAGACGUCAUCUUUCGUCAAGGAAAUAUUUCGACAAACUGCCGAUCUUUUAUGUUCCUGAAUGCCUUCAUACCUACUUUUUUUCCCGAUACAAAUUUAGUGUUUCCCUGGAAGGCUGUGGCCAAAUCUAUAGGACUCAAAUAUAUUUUGAAAACCAAACGUGGUGCGAUCCUGGGAUCUGGACAAAGAUCAAAGGUCUUGGUCAAUCCCAGAGGUGUAGAAAUUAUGUCGAUUCAUGUGGUAUCAGUAUUUCGUUACAAUUAUACCGGAUGUGUCAUUCCGCCUACUAAAGCAUUGCUGCACCAUUACCGUUCAUCGGAUCCAAACGAUUUGACAUUACGUGGCCCUUUCAAAGAAAUACUGGACUUGCAAUUGUUUGCUGACCUUAUAAUAUCAAAAUAUUUAAAAGCCAAGAAAAAGUACUAA